AUGAUGCCCCCGCGGGGGGCGGCGGGGUCCUGCCGCCGGCGGCGCCUGGCGCCCCUCAACGAGGACAACGGGCGGUUCCUGCUCCUGGCCGCCCUCAUCGCGGCGUACCUGAGCGCCGGCGCCACGGUCUUCUCGGCCCUGGAGAGCCCGUCGGAGGCGGCGGCGCAGCUGCGCUGGAACCGGACCCUCCACAACUUCAGUCGCAUCUUCAACAUCAGCCUGCCGGAGCUGCGCGCUUUCCUGCGGAGCUAUGAGGCGGCCAUGGCCGCGGGCAUCCGCGUCGAUGCCCUACGGCCCCGCUGGGACUUCCCCGGCGCCUUCUACUUCGUGGGCACCGUCGUCUCCACCAUAGGUUUUGGGAUGACCACACCAGCGACAGUGGCCGGAAAAGUUUUCCUCAUUGUUUAUGGCCUUUUUGGGUGUGCUGGGACUAUCCUUUUCUUCAACCUCUUCUUGGAGCGCAUCAUCUCUCUCCUGGCAUUUAUCAUGAAGGCAUGCCAUGAGAGACAGCUGCGAAGAAGUGGUCUCCUACCUCCCAACUUCCGAAGGGGGACAGCUAUGUCGGGGGUGGGCAACCUCGUGGGGUGGAAACCAUCAGUUUACCAUGUGAUGCUGAUUCUGGGAAUCUUUGCUAUUACCCUUUCCUGCUGCGCCUCUGCGAUGUACACAGCGGUGGAAGGAUGGAACUACAUUGACUCCUUGUACUAUUGCUUUGUCACCUUCAGCACCAUUGGCUUUGGAGAUUUGGUAAGCAGCCAAAAUGCUGCAUACCAAAACCAGGGAUUAUACAGAUUUGGAAACUUCAUCUUUAUAUUAAUGGGGGUAUGUUGCAUAUACUCUCUUUUUAAUGUAAUCUCAAUUGUAAUCAAGCAAGUUUUGAACUGGGUGUUGAAAAAAUUCGAGUGCAGAUGUUGCCCAAAGUGCCAUAAAUCAAGUGCCCGCCUGGGACGUCGCAACGCCAUCACCCCAGGAGCCCGCCUACGUCGGCAUAACAUCUCGGUGGACGCUGACGGACAGUACGACAGCGACACCGAGGGGAGGAGGCUCUCUGGAGAGCUGAUCUCCAUGAGGGAGCUCACAGCAUCGAAUAAAGUCUCCCUGGCCAUUUUGCAAAAGCAGUUGUCCGAGACAGCCAACGGCUACCCAAGGAACGUUUGUAUCAAUACGAGACAAAACGGUUUCUCCGGAGGGGUGGGUGCUCUAGCCAUCAUGAACAACCGCUUGGCGGAAACAAGUGAUUCUAGGUAGAGUUUUUGAAAUUCCUUUUGUUUCUUUAAUAAAAAUAAAAUGGUCAUUAGGGUGGAAUUAUCACUACAAACUACUGGAAAGUUUUAAAUUCAGACACAGCCUUGGUAUUAAUUGUGUAUUGGGCAUUUUAGUUUUUGAGGGUUUUAUAAGUCUUCUCUAAUACGCAGUAACAUCUUUAUCGUAAUGUUACGAUUUUUCCCAAAGGGGUUUUUUGGAAGAGACUUGGAUGUCUGAUGCAGAAUCUAAUGCAAUUAUAGAAAAACAGUGUGCAUGG